ACAUCACAAGGAUACAACAGAGAGAGAGAGAGAGAGGGGAGGGGGCAGCAGGGCUGACACCAAUACCAGACUGCAUGUAGUCCCAACAGAAUGACAGCUGAGGGGAUUCCUACAAAAGUAGUCUGAGGGAUCUCCAGCAGUAACUCUUUUGUUGUCAGAUGCCUCUUCCUCCUUACAGUGACGCUAACGGAUGUACAAUUUCUCACUAAGGAACUGAACAGACUGGUUGUGAAGAAAAGAUUAACAUGGUGAUUGUUUACUUUGGAUAUAAAAUAAGGAAUAAUACUUGCUCUUUUUAACUAAAAGUAGCCAUGGAGACUGCACUCAAACCACCUACUGGAAAAAAACUAAAGGCAAGAGCACCCCCUCCACCAAUUCAAGCUUCUAUAUCAAGACCACCAAUGGAGCAGAGAUCAUCUUCAGAAUUUGAUGGGACAGACAAUCAAAGCCCUGAAGAUAUAAAGGAGAAUAUGCUGCACAGGAAAAUGGACCUCACAAUAUGUUUACCUGAUGGCAGAGGAAAAACAGUCACUGUGGAUGGAAGUAAAGCAGUGAUGGACCUGCUGGUGGAUAUUUGCAGUCAGUACCAUUUGAACCCUGCUCAUCAUACCAUUGAGGCAAAAUCUGGAGAGUGCCAGCAACCGUUCACUUUAAGGCCAAAUACUCUCAUUGGAACACUGGACGUACAAACAGUAUGUCUAAAGGAGAAAGUUACAGAAAUCAAGGUUAAAAAGCCUGCUCCGAUGAUUCCAGAGAAAACUGUACGGCUUGUUGUGAAUUUUCUUGGGACCCAAAAAACUGUAGUGAGAGUCAAUCCUGAAGUGCCCUUGCAGAGUAUUCUAUUAGCUAUAUGCGAGAAGUGUGAAUUUCAGCCUGAGGAUGUUAUUCUAUUGAGAGACACUACCAACAAGGAGGAACUGGAUAUGGCAAAGUCACUUAAGGUCUUGGGAAUCAAGGAGCUUUAUGCUUGGAAUAGCAAGAAAGAAAAGAAAAGAAAUUCUUCGACUAAUAGUGACAACACCGAAAAGGAAAAAAAAGGUAUUCUGGGCUUUUUUCGAAGCCACAAGAAAAACAAGAACGAGGGAAACACAGGAUCAAUGGAAAAUGAAGAAUAUGAAGAGAUUUUUAAAGCAGCAUCUACCACUGGAACCACCCAUGACGGAUGUUCAACAGCCCCAAGUUCACCUGCAGUGAACACUCGCCCUGUUACACUGGGUGCCUCAGUGUCCCUAUAUAACAUCUCAUCAAUUGGUGCUAAACCAGAGGUAAAGAAACGCAGAGCUCCUCCCCCACCAAAGCCAACACCCUUCGAAGCGGUGGUUGAAAAAAACAUGGAUCAAAAAACACCAGAGCAGCUUCUUCCUGGCAUUCAAAAUGAGCAGCAGAAAAAAAAACGGAGAGCUCCACCACCGCCAACUGCCCCGAUGCCAAAUGAUAAGAAUGAAGAAAAGGAGGAGAACGGAAAAAGCUCCACAGGUAAUGGACGACAGGUUCCACAAAAGCCCCCAAGAGGCACCACACGAAGUCCACCUCUUUUAGUGAUCCCCCCACCCCCACCUUACCCUCCUCCUGAUUAUGGUAAUCUGGACCCGCCUGUCACUGAAAAUGGAGUAGUCGUAACAGAACAGCCCAAGUUUGUACCUGUACCUGCGAAACGUGAUAUAAGUUUGAAGCGGUUCAACAGUGUUUCUUCUGUGGAAAUCUUAACGGUUGACUCAAUGGAAGCUGAUGAAGCAGGAUCCAUACGUAGCUAUACAGAAGAUUCAGGGGUGGUGAGCUCACUUUCAGACAGUGCAUCUCUGGAUUUGCCAAGUGAUAGCACCCAAAGCAGAGAAAGCCUCUUGAAUCAGGAAAAUGCAAAGGAAUCUGUGAGAACAGACAUUCACAAGAAUAAUAAAUCAAGCAAUAUGCAGACAAGAAGAGAUGACGAUGAUGAUGUCACAUCGGUUCGAAAUGGUGAUGAAGAUAUUUUUAUUUCGGCCCAGUUCCAGAAAACAUUGGAAGAACUAGAUGAUGACUCUGAAGACAUGGAUGAUGUGGACAGUGCUUACAGAAAUCAUAUUCAUUCUCAGUCAAGUCCUUUUCAUAAACAAGAGUCGAUGACAUAUACUGAAGUUCCAGUAACAAUUAUAGAUGGAGUUCCAGAUAUGGAAAAUGAGGUUACAUCCAAUUCACAAAGAGUGGAACUACAUACCAACUAUACUAAGCAAGGAGCAUUAAAGCCAGAGCAAAAUGCAUCCACUGCCUUCAAGCUUGAAAAUGGGUAUAACCAUAGGGAGAGCAAGCCCACUGAGACCAUUCCUUCCUCCAUGCCAAGGAGCAAAUUUGCAUCAGCAAAGAAGGCUGAAUUUUCUGAAACAAGAUUAAUAGAAAACAAAGAUAAAACUGAAAAACAACAAAUACCAGCUUCACUUAACAAUACCACUAAAGGAGCAGAGCCUUCAAAACCAGUAUUGUGGAGGCAACAAACAUAUGAAUCGAAAGCAGGUAUGAGAACAUUUACUGUUGUUCCUCCCAAACCUGAUGUAAAAAAGUAUGACAGAGGAGCUUCUCUUUCAGCAAGUGCUAUCAAAAUAGAUGAUUUUGGCAAUCUAAUAAGCCCUCAUACUUCCAUAUCUAAGAAGGAUCUAAAUAAUAGUCAUAGCAAUAAACCACAGGGACCACUUGUUGAAAAGGCAAAAGAGUUCUGGAGAUCAAAUUCUAUGGACAGUCAGGCAGGAGAAGUCAGAGAGCAAUUUCCUAAAAAGUUUUCAUCUGUCAAGAGUAAUAAGCCAAAUCAGCAAGAAGCAGACAGCAAAAUAAAUUAUAUAUCUCAGGUAAUUAAUAAAGGAGGGGAGACCAAAGAGCAACCAUCUAUAAAGAACAAUAAGCCAAACCAACAAGGACAAAUGGACACUUUAAAUUAUCCAUCCUUAAAGGGAGUGGCACUUAAUACCAUAACAGAGAGAGAGAAUGGGCAUCUAAAACAAUUACACUCAAUACCUGGGUCUCAAGAGAAGAUGAUUAUUAUAGAACAUACAAACAGUGUAAAAUCAAACCCGCCAUUUUUGAAUAUUCAGAAACGAACAUCCAGCCAAUAUGUUGCAUCUGCCAUCUCUAAGUACACAGAACCAUCAAGAAGUAAAUCUUUUGAAACAAAUGACUCCAUUAAACAAGAAACAACAGCAGACUUGAGGAAAAGGUUUAGUGGUAUCUAUGUUCCAGCUGGUAGCAACCCUAGUAAAACUGCAGCUGAAAAAAACAACAAAUCUAAUGAUCAUUCACAAAUAUAUGCUCAAAGAGAGAGUUCAGUUUCUGAGCAACAGGGUUUCAGUGAAAUACAAAGCAGAGUUGGAACUACAGCUAUCACCAUACUGGAAAGAAAUCCUGAAAAAACCAGCAUGUUUCAUUCUGCUCCACAUGAAUCUCAAGGCCGCUUAAACACUAUAUCCUCAUCGAAUUCCUUUUUAAAAGCUGUGAGGGAAAAAUCUGGUAAAAUGGAACAAUCCAAUUCCUAUACAUCCAACAAAGAGCCACUGAGGUCUGUUGCCAUCAAGGAAGAUAAAGGAAAUGAUGUACCUUCAACAAUAACAGAUGACACAGACAAUCCUAGCAACGGUGAUGUGUUCGGACCAAAAGCAAAGUUACGUCAAGUGGUCCAGAAACCAUUCCAGAAAGACACAACAUUGCACAGUGCUUUAAUGGAAGCCAUUCAGUCUGGAGAAGGAAAAGAAAAGCUGAGGAAAAUACAGACUUCAUCUGCUGUAUUAAAUGAGCUUCAGUCUGUAAGAAAUGCAGAACCGUCUUUCAAGGAGGCAGAAAAAGUACACAAUCAGCUGCAAUCAAUUCCACCUCCACCAUUAAUGCCUCCUCCACCGCCACCACCUGUGCUCAAUUUAUCUGCUACUGUGUCUCCUGCCACUAAAGCUAACUCUGUAAAUGCAAGGGAAGCCUUAAUGGACGCUAUUCGCUCAGGUGCUGGCGCUGCAAGACUUAAAAAGGUCUCUACAGUAUAUGGUUUAAGAAAAUAAUUGAAGGAAACUCGCUCCACAGACCCACAAUACCCAGUCAACGACACACAUGAGAGGCUCAGAACAGCACAAGUCUGUGUGAUUAUCUUGUCAGCUGGCCAAAUGUUUUUUUUUGUACCUAAUUUUCUGUUUCAAAAUAAUGGUUCAAAAGGGGAAUAUAAUAUAUUGCUAUGCUGCAUGAGGUAUGUGCCAAGGAAAAUGUGUCUGCUUCGAAAUGCAUUCAGAUAUUGCCAAUAAAAUAUUCUUGUUGGCAGGUGAAAUAGCAAUGCAGCAAAGGAUUUAAACACUAUACGUUUUAUAGGCCGUGUUCCUUGUGAAGCCGUUUUUUUUUGUCUUUGUGCAAUUUAACAGGGAAAAUCAGCAGGAAAAUUGUAUAAUAAGGUGUUUAAUCUCUUCUUUAAUCACUGAGAGAUAUUCCUUAUUAAAUUGUAAAUAUAUAAUUAUAUAUCAUAUAUGUGUGUAUAUAUAUAUAUAUAUAUAUAUAUAUAUAUAUAUCAGAGAAGGAGAUGAUUGCACAAUGCAGGAAAUUUGCCAAUGACAUUUUUAACACUUGUCUAAAGGUAUGGGAUCCGUUAUCCAGAAAGCUCCGAAUUACUUAUACUCUCAUGGGAAAACAAGUUUUUUUCCAAAAACGCAGCAGUUAAUAGUG